AUGCGCGAGGGUAAUUUACCGCGGGACAGUAGAUGCGUCGUUUGUAAAAAGGUGUGCUACUCCAGCGAAUGUCUAGCCGGAAUGAGGUGCGAGUGGUGCGGGCAGACGGCUCACGCGCUGUGCUACCGACAAAUGGACGGGAACUGUCAGUUCGGUCUAUUGCAAAAGAUCAUGCUACCCCCGAACUGCUUGACAAUCCCGAGAACCGAACUGCCGAUGGAGCAACUGUUGAACAUCACGGCAUCGAGCGAGCAGUCGACGUCUCGUAAGGUGUCGAGCCCCUGCAAGAUCACGGCGGAUGAUGUGUCUUCGGGAGGGGAUGAGGGCAAGGAGAAGGAGGACUACGAGGUGCUCCGAAUCUUCGACGGGAACAAUUCCCUCCGGACCCAAGUCUUCCGCACGGCAUCCGUCCCAAAAACCGCCUCGGCCCAGCAAAUCCGUGAUGCCGCAUUGCGACGGUUCCACAUACAGGACACCCCCGAGAAUUUCUACGUGACGCAAGUCAUCAAUGACCUAACCGGUGAGGAAGAGACCCUCGAAGACCCAGUACCACUUCGAAAUGUGAAACGGCCAGAGGGGAGGAGAGCCCAAGUUUUUCUACGGUAUCGGGAUGACCCGGAUAAGGCGGUGGUGAAGAUCUAUGGUGGAUGGUUACGGGUCCCGGUGACGUUCUGUACGCUGAACGUGACGAAAGAGACGGUCGUCCAGGACAUCGUUUCUGAAUCGCUGGAACAUUUCGGGCUGGACCGGAAGACGUGGAAUCGAUAUAACCUCAUCGAAGUCUCGCUAGAACGUGGUGUGGCUGAACGAACCUGCAAUCACCACGAAAAUAUGCUGCAGCUUGUCCGGAACUUAAGAAAGGACUCCCUCCGACGAUACCACGUCAUCCGAUUCUACGUCCAAGAGAAGGAGGACCCGCACGAUCAUGCUGUGUUUGGAGCCGUCUAUGAAGACAAGAAGUUGAUCGUGUUGUGUUUGCCGAAUGUACAGCCAAAAAUGCUGCCCCCAGACUCUGAACCCCUCCUCGUCCUGGUGAACGUGAAAAGCGGUGGCUGCCAAGGAACGGAGCUGAUCAAGAGCUUCCGGAAGUUGCUCAACCCGUUCCAAGUAUUUGAUGUGUUGAAGGGAGGGCCGCUUGUUGGACUCUACGUGUUCCGCAACAUUCCAAAGUACAAGAUCCUGGCGUGCGGCGGGGACGGGACGAUCGGAUGGGUGUUGCAGUGUUUGGAUAUUGCCAAACAGGACGCCGCCUGUUUCUCCCCACCCUGUGGUGUAGUUCCGCUUGGUACUGGCAACGAUCUGGCCCGAGUGCUCCGAUGGGGUGGUGGUUAUACCGGAGAGGAGAAUCCGCUUGACAUCCUAAAAGACGUCAUCGAGGCCGAUGAGGUCCGGCUCGAUCGAUGGGCUGUCGUUUUCCACGAAGAAGAACGAUCACAACCCCCGACAGCCCCGGCAGCCGAGGGAGGAGCAGAGGGAGAGGGAAUGAUGAAUAAUCCAGAGGAUCAGACGAGCAUGAUCAUCAUGAACAACUAUUUUGGGAUUGGGAUUGAUGCGGAUGUGUGUUUGAAGUUUCACAACAAGCGCGACGCCAACCCCGAGAAGUUCCAAUCCCGCCUGUUCAACAAGACGCAAUACGUGAAGAUUGGUCUCCAGAAGGCCCUCUUCGAAAGGACGUGCAAAGAUUUAUGGAAGCGGAUUGAGGUGGAGGUGGAUGGGAAGGUGAUCGAACUGCCGAACAUCGAGGGGAUCAUCGUGUUGAAUCUGUUAUCAUGGGGAAGUGGAGCCAAUCCAUGGGGGACAGCAAAGGAGGACGAGAACUUCUCGAAGCCCACGCAUUAUGAUGGGUUGCUGGAGGUCGUUGGUGUCUCUGAUGUCUCCCGCCUUGGCCUCAUCCAGUCGAAAUUGGCGGCGGGGAUUCGAAUCGCGCAGGGAGGCAGUAUCCGCAUCACGACCCACGAGGAAUGGCCAGUACAAGUGGAUGGAGAGCCCCAUAUCCAGCCCCCAGGAACAAUCACCAUCCUCAAAUCGGCACUUCGGGCAAAUAUGCUGAAAAAGCCGAGGCGAAGGACGAGAGGACGGUCACCUGUACCAUUUGGAGUCGUCGCGUAUACGCCUGCGCCGGCUUAUAUGUCGCCAAGAGCG